UAAGCUUUGGCUGGAAGCAAUAAUCAUAUAUCCAAAACGCGUGAGAAACCAUUCAAUUCCCUUGUCACCAUAUUGAAGAUUCCACUAUCCUUUUCUUCACAUCAACUAUUUAAUUAUGGUUUUAAUAAUUUCUGUGACAAAACGCAGAAAAAUAAAAUAAUGGCGAAAAACUCACUCGAGAUCUUCACUGCCAUUGAUUGGAACCACCUUCAUUACUUUUCCUCCUCUCAUUUACUUAUGUCACCGACUCACCACCUCUCGCUAUCUAUUUGCAUAUUUUAUAGACCAAAGUCCCUUCAUUUCGCAAACCCAUUUUAGGAAAAGAGUUCUUUUUUCUUGCAGCAAGUCUCUCGUCUGUACCAUUCUUUUAGCAAGCCAUUGAAAAUGGCAUUCAGAACAAGAUUAUCUUUGCUUCAUCUUCUUGUAGCUUUGGCUCUUUUAAGCAGCCUGGUGAUAGUGAAAGGAGAAAGCCCUUACAAGUUCUACACCUGGACUGUGACCUACGGCAUUAUCUAUCCUCUUGGUGUUCCCCAACAGGUUAUUCUGAUCAAUGGUCAGUUCCCUGGUCCAAAGCUUGAUGUUGUGACUAAUGACAACAUCAUCCUCAACCUCAUCAACAAACUUGACCAACCCUUUCUCUUGACCUGGAAUGGAAUAAAGCAGAGGAAGAACUCAUGGCAAGAUGGAGUGUUGGGAACAAACUGUCCAAUUCCACCAAACUCAAACUUCACUUACAAGUUCCAAACCAAAGAUCAGAUCGGAACAUACAACUACUUUCCCUCCACCGCUUUUCACAAAGCCGCCGGUGGAUUCGGAGCUAUCAAUGUCUAUGCAAGACCUAGGAUCCCUAUCCCUUACCCUCUCCCAGUCGAAGACUUCACUCUACUCAUCGGUGAUUGGUUUAAAACCAACCACAAAACACUCCAACAGCGUCUGGACUCUGGCGGGGUUCUUCCAUUUCCAGACGGUAUGCUUAUAAACGGACAAACACAAACUACAUUCACAGGCGACCAGGGGAAGACUUACAUGUUCAGAAUCUCAAAUGUUGGGUUGUCAAGCACUUUCAACUUCAGAAUCCAAGGACAUACGAUGAAAGUAGUUGAAGUUGAAGGCUCUCACGUCAUGCAAACGGACUACGACUCUCUUGAUGUUCACGUUGGCCAGUCUUUGUCACUCCUUGUGACGUUAAACCAAUCUCCUAAAGAUUAUUACAUCGUUGCAAGCACCCGGUUCGUUAGAUCCAACCUUUCUGUCACUGCUCUGUUGCGUUAUUCCAACUCAGGUGUCCCAGCUUCUGGUGAGAUGCCCCCUCUUCCCCCUGGAGAGCUUGUUUGGUCCAUGAGACAAGCAAGGACAUUCAGGUGGAACUUAACAGCAAAUGCAGCAAGACCAAACCCUCAAGGAUCAUUCCAUUACGGAAAGAUCAAUACGACCAAAUCAUUUGUUUUCUCAAACUCAGCUCCUUUGAUCAACGGGAAGCAACGCUAUGCAGUGAACGGUGUCUCUUAUGUGAACUCAGAUACUCCUCUAAAACUUGCUGAUCACUUCAACAUCCCUGGAGUGUUCAGCACGAGUGCCAUUCAGAGCGUCCCUUCUAACUCUCCUGCGACUGUUGCAACAUCAGUUGUUAGAGCAUCUCUCCAUGAUUUUCUUGAAAUUGUGUUCCAGAACAAUGAGAAAGCAGUGCAGUCUUGGCACCUUGACGGUUAUGACUUUUGGGUCGUUGGAUUUGGUUCUGGACAAUGGACACCAGCAAAGAGACCACUUUACAAUCUUGUUGAUGCUCUUACUAGACACACAACUCAGGUGUACCCAAACUCUUGGACAGCAAUUUUGGUGUCUUUGGACAAUCAAGGAAUGUGGAAUAUGAGGUCGGCGGUAUGGGAAAGACAAUAUUUAGGACAGCAGUUUUAUCUAAAAGUGUGGGAUCCGGUGCAGAGUCUGGCCAAUGAAUACAAUCCUCCUGAUAAUCUUCUUCUCUGUGGCAAAGCUAUUGGAAGACACCUCUAGAGAGAUCCUCUUUAUUUAUGUUCAUUUCUUUCAGUUUUUUUUUUUUUAAAUCGUUUUGGUUGAGGUUUAUGGUUUUGUUCUUUCUGGCCAUGAGAUAUUUACAUAUGUAGUGAUAAACACAGGGAAGGAGAAAAGUUUUUGUCUUUGGUAGGAAGGAGAGAGGUUACUGAGUUCAAAAAUAAUAUUUUGUACAAGUAGUUGUUCUUUCUAAUCCUAAGAGCAUUUUCAUAUA